AUCGCGACCAAAUAUCUCCCCCACCCAACUAUCAACCACCAGCAAAAGUCGAAUCUCUCACCUCGUGACGACCGAACGCUCCUCAAUCGACACAUCGCCGCCGAAACCGACGAGGAACACCAAACGCAACCAUGGCUGACGUCGAAUACAACGCCGAGGAGGCAGCUGAGAUCAAGAAGAGAAGAGCCUUCCGCAAGUUUUCUUACCGUGGAGUCGACCUCGACCAGCUCCUUGAUCUUACUUCAGACCAGCUCCGUGAUGUCGUUCACGCUCGUGCCAGGCGCCGAAUCAACCGCGGCUUGAAGCGCAAGCCCAUGGGCUUGAUCAAGAAGCUCCGCAAGGCCAAGCAGGAGGCCAAGCCCAACGAGAAGCCCGACCUCGUCAAGACCCAUCUCCGUGACAUGAUUGUCGUCCCUGAGAUGAUCGGUUCCGUCAUUGGCAUUUACUCGGGCAAGGAGUUCAACCAGGUCGAGAUAAAGCCCGAGAUGGUUGGCCACUACCUGGCUGAGUUUUCGAUUUCAUACAAGCCUGUCAAGCACGGUCGCCCGGGUAUUGGUGCUACCCACUCGUCUCGUUUCAUUCCUCUGAAGUAAGGGCCAGGUUUGGCAAAUUUUUGGGGAGGGUCUUGCAUUGAAAUUCAUUCCGGAAUAUGGCGCACGGUCACGGUUUUACUCUAGAGGUUGGCAAAAGCCCCAACCGACUGGAGAUGAUAGUGCAAAUAAAAGACGAAUCUUUGGGCAAAUUGCUUGUUGCGAAUUCAACUUUUUUUUCUCUCA